CGGGUAGAGGAAGAAAAUAACGCCGCACAACUGAAGAACUCCGAGUCCCAAAGUCUCCGGGAAUCACUCGGAGUGAGAAAGUAGUAAGUUCGCGAAGGUUGCGUGGAGGUUCGGGAAGGUUGGCGGCUCGGACCCGUGCUCGUGCUGUGGAGGGACUGGGAGACUCUGCUGUUCACGUUUGUGAAUUAUGGUUAAACCACAGCGCGAGAAGAAUUAUCUUGACUUGUAUUUUCUGAAGGAUGAACGAAGUGCCUCACGGGACUGAAACACCUUCACCUUCUGUGGCUUUUGGAUUUGACCAGUGAGUGACUGGUGGAGAAGAAUCCACGUGAGAGUUGUCAACAUGGACCUUUCUGAUGGAUUUCCCUCUCAUGUGAUUCACGUGCUUACCUGGAAAGGAUUUGUUUUUUGUAUUAAACCCUAAAAUUAAUGUUUUUUAUGUUUUUGAUAUGGAGUAACACUUCUGAACUGUGAGGAACUCUUAAGGAACUUCAACAACAAUCAACAACAGCCUUCAAGUCUUUCCCGACUUCUCAAUUUUUAACUUGUAAGUAAACUUCAAAAAACACCAAACUCAACAAGCCUGUUCUACAACUGAACUGAACAUUACUGAGCAAUACUGUUGCUUAACUGUUUCCCAUUUAAAUAUUCCACUGAAUUUGAAAGUCAAAGACCUUGUUCUCCUCCACCCUCCACACUGUGCUAAAUGAGUUUACCCUGAGAGGAAAUAAAGAUGAUCACCUCCACUUUAAUACUGAGUUUCCUGCGCUUUCUUCUGCUACUGUGCUCUCUGUCCAGAUGGAGCUGUGCCAUUAGCUCUAUUGACCCGGACCGGCCGGGGGAAGGCAGAUGCCAGGAAAUUGCCAUCCCCCUGUGUAAAGACAUUGGCUACAACCUGACAGUUAUGCCCAACUUGAUGGGGCACGAGGAUCAGGGAGAGGCUGCCAUUAAGCUCCAUGAGUUUGCCCCGCUGAUUGAGUUUGGCUGCCACAGCCACCUCAGAUUUUUCCUAUGCUCACUCUAUGCCCCAAUGUGCACGGAGCAGGUGUCCACACCUAUCCCGGCCUGCCGGGUGAUGUGCGAGCAGGCCAGGCAGAAGUGCUCCCCCAUCAUGGAGCAGUUCAACUUUCACUGGCCUGACUCCCUGGACUGCUCCAGGCUCCCAAAUAAAAAUGACCCCAACUUCCUCUGCAUGGAGGCCCCCAACAACGGGAGCGACGAUACAUCUAAGGGAUCACACACCCAGCCACCAGACUCUCGCCCUCCUCGCUCUGGAAACAGCCAAGAGCUUCCCGUUAAGGAGAGGAUGGGUAAGGACACUUGCGGAAACCCUGGGAAGUUUCACUUUGUGCAGAAAAGUGAGUCAUGUGCCCCAAAGUGCUACUCCAAAGUGGACGUUUACUGGAGCCAUGCAGAUAAGCGCUUCUCCCUGGUGUGGAUUGCCAUCUGGUCCAUCCUUUGCUUCAUCUCCAGUGCCUUCACUGUCCUGACAUUCCUCAUUGACCCACAGCGUUUCAAAUACCCUGAACGCCCCAUCAUCUUCCUCUCCAUGUCCUACUGCGUCUACUCUGUGGGCUACCUCAUCCGGCUCUUUGUGGGAGCCGAGAAUGUUGCCUGCGACCGUGACAGUGGUGUCCAGUACGUCAUCCAGGAGGGCCUGGAAAGCACGGGAUGCACUAUAGUCUUUCUCAUCCUUUACUACUUUGGUAUGGCCAGCUCCCUCUGGUGGGUGAUCCUAACCCUCACCUGGUUCCUGGCUGCUGGGAAGAAGUGGGGCCAUGAGGCCAUCGAAGCCAACAGCAGCUAUUUCCACCUGGCUGCUUGGGCCAUCCCUGCCAUUAAGACCAUCCUCAUCCUGGUCAUGAGGAGGGUGGCUGGGGAUGAGCUCACAGGCGUCUGCUAUGUUGGAAGCAUGGAUGUAAAGGCCUUGACUGGAUUUGUCUUAAUUCCACUGUCCUGCUACCUCAUCAUAGGCACUUCUUUCCUGCUCUCUGGCUUUGUAGCGCUUUUCCACAUCCGCAAAGUAAUGAAGACUGAAGGUGAGAACACGGACAAGCUGGAGAAGCUGAUGGUGCGCAUUGGUGUGUUUUCCGUCCUCUACACUGUACCCGCCACUUGCGUCAUCGCAUGCUACUUUUAUGAGCGCCUUAACAUGGACUACUGGAAGGUCCUGGCUGGAGAGCAGCGGUGCUUGGAAGGAGGAGGUGGAGAAGAAUGCAUGAUGAAGAGCUCCAUCCCAGCCGUGGAGAUCUUCAUGGUCAAGAUCUUCAUGCUUCUGGUGGUGGGAAUUACUAGUGGCAUGUGGAUCUGGACCUCCAAGACCUUGCAGUCUUGGCAGAAUGUCUUCAGUCGCAAGCUGAGGAAGAGGACGCGGAGGAAGGCCGCAUGCGUGUUCACUGGAAGUGGGCCCUACCUGAAGCCACAUCCAGCACUAAAAGGACAGAAAACCAAGUAUGAACCUGCUGGGGCUCCUGCCACUUGUGUAUGAACGCAUAUGCAAGAACUCCAAAGAGGUGUUUGCUCUGUUUACUUUUACUAAAAAGAACUGGUUCAUGUUGAGUUUUCUGUGAGAACCGCCACAAGACACUGGACACAGACUUCAUAUUUGUUUUAUGCAAACCCCAGUUGCUCCAAAAAACAGAGCCAAAAAAGGCUGCAGUGUUCUGAAUUCUGAGAUUUCUAUUUUGUGUUUCUCGUUUUGAUCUGUGUGCAAGUAGCACAGCUCAGACACUGUUUAAUGUGUCGCUCCUUCUGGUAAUACUUAUCCACUUAUGGAACUUUGUGGAGUUUGAAAAGAGUUUUUCUGUUCCAAAACAAAGAAAAAAGGGAGCGAGUCCCUCUUUGCGUCACUGGGAAUGCCUGUAUCAUGUGCAAUAGAUGUUUCCCUCAGUCACAGAGAGAAAAAGACUCUUAGUACUGUAGGGGCUGAUUAAAGACACUAAAAGAACUCUGCAGACAAUGGGCGUGAAUGAGCCGGAGGGGGGGCGGCACUGAAAUGAAGGCCGUGUCAUACACUGCUGCAUUGACAUUGAAGAGCAGCUGUUGGCUGAAGCUUCAGCCAGAAAGAAUGAACUGGCCAUUGUGAAGGCCCUCCAUGGCGUAAAAGCAAAUCUACAAGCACUAAAUAUUGCUGAAAAAAGACAGAGGCCUUUGAUGGGGCGUUUUGUACAGCGGCUUCUUGGCCCCCUUGGUUGUUUUUUUUUUGUUAUGCUGAGCUCUUUUUUUUUCUUUUUGUAGCACAAAGCUAUCUUUGUGUAUAUUUCUAAAAUAAAAGUUGAUAUUUUUUAAAGUAAAAAAAA